GCUAUGACUGUCCUCCCUCCUCCCUCCCUGCCUGACUUUCCCAUCCCUUAGAGGCUUGUCCCUAACCCUGGGGCUGCUGUAGCCACACACCGGCUCUCCAGUCCAUGUGAGAGCCACAGCUGAGCGUAAGGCAGAGGAAGCUCUCUCUCUCUCUAACCCUGAAAGUACUGUCAGAGCUCCCAUCCCAGGACCUUUAUCAGAACUGGAGUUAAAGGAUUGUUGUCUCCAACAGUGGCACAAGAAGUGAGCUGGGGGACAGAGAAGACCCAUUCAGUCCCUGGCUCCCCCCUGCCCUGUGUCACAGUAAGUGAGACCCCUGGUUACUGAGGAAGGUGGGGGUGGGCUCUCAGUCAGGGGGGUCUGCUGAUACCUGAGAGGCUAUUAUGUGCUGCUGGGGGGGGUCUUCAUUUUUCUGAAUCUUGGUUUGGUAUUGGGGUGGGGGGGGUCCGACUGGAAUUGUGGAUGUUAACCUGUUGGCUGCCGGAUUAAGGAGAGAUAUGCCCUUCAGAGGGUAAGGAGCUGGAACCCUGUGUGAGUUUGUGUGCCCCCAUGCUGGCACUGAGCACCUGUGGGCAGGAUUCCCAGGACGGAAUAAACUUACCAUCAGCUGAUUGAGUGCUGGCUGCACAUUGGUCUCUGCCUGUUCUACUCUGGAGAAGGUCCUGCCCUCCCCUGCUGAUUGAUAGGGGGGUUUAAACGGGCAGACUGUGCCUGACAGUGUCCUGGGACUCUCUGAGUGAGUUAUUUAGACAGUGUCCUGGGACUCUCUGGGUGAGAGACCUCUGAGUGAGUUAUUUAGACAGUGUCCUGGGACUCUCUGGGUGAGAGACCUCUGAGUGAGUUAUUUAGACAGUGUCCUGAGUUUCCUGAGACUCUCUGUGUGAGAGACCUCUGAGUGAGUUAUUUAGACAGUGUCCUGCUACUCUCUGGGUGAGAGACCUCUGAGUGAGUUAUUUAGACAGUGUCCUGCGACUCUCUGGGUGAAAGACCUCUGAGUGAGUUAUUUAUACAAUGUCCUGGGACUCUCAGGGUGAGAGACCUCUGAGUGAGUUAUUUAGACAGUGACCUAGGACUCUCUGGAUGAGAAACCUCUGAGUGAGUUAUUUAGCCAGUGACCUGGACUCUCUGGGUAAAAUACCUCUGAGUGAGUUAUUUAGACAGUGUCCUUGGACUCUCUGGGUGAGAGACCUAUGAGUGAGUUAUUUAGACAGUGUCCUGGGACUCUCUGGGUGAGAGACCUCUGAGUGAGUUAUUUAGACAGUGUCCGGCGACUCUCUGGGUGAGAGACCUCUGAGUGAGUUAUUUAGACAGUGUCCUGGGACUCUCUGGGUAAAAUACCUCUGAGUGAGUUAUUUAGACAGUGUCCUGGGACUCUCUGGGUGAAAAACCUCUGAGUGAGUUAUUUAGAAAGUGACUGACAGUGACCUGAACUCUGAGUGAGAGACCUCGGACUGAGUUAUUUAGAAAGUGACUGACAGUGACCCGGACUCUGGGUGAGAGACCUCUGAGUGGGUUAUUUAUACAGUGACUGAGAGUGACCUGGACUCUGAGUGAGGGACCAAUGAGUUUGACAGUGUUCUGGUACUUUAGAGAUCUCUCGUGAGUUAUUCAGAUACUCACUGAAUAACCCAUUUAAAGAUAUAAAAUGGGACUCUCUGGGAAACCUCUGUGUGAGUUAGUCAAACAGUAGCUAACAGUGUCCUGAGACUGUAAUGGGUGAUCCUUAUGUGAACUAUUGAGACAGUAAUAUCUCUGAGUUAUUCCGUGACUGUGAUCUGGACUCUGAGUGAGUUAUUCAGACAGUGUCUGACUGUCCUGAGACGAGACUCUCUGAGUAAGGGAUCUCUGAGCUACUCAGGCUGUAACUGACAUUGCUCUGGGACGUUCAGAGAUAAGUUAUUAAGACAAUGACUGACAGUGCCCUAAGUAAUUAUGUGAUAGGACACUCUGAUAGUGCUCUGAACUUCUAUCUGACUGUGUCAUGGAGGUGUCUCUCAGUAUACCCUGGACUCUCACAAGCAGAGCCCUGGGUGCUCAGACUGAGUUAUUCCAACAGUGGAUGACAAUGUCCAUGGAUUACUGCGACAGUGCUUUGGGACUCUUUCUCGCUGCCCUGGAACACAGUGUCUGACAGUGCUGUGGGAACCUCUGAAUUAGUUGGACAGCAUCUAACAGUGCCUGGGACACAGUGACUGAGUUAGACAGUGUCUGAAAGAGCCCCAGCACACUCUGAUUUCAGCCCAGUAGACCAGGCACCCUUUUGUCCAAUUCUGCUCAUUUGUGGAACGUGUGUGGCGAUUUACAUAUUCGUUCUAUUUAGUUAUUCUAUUAUUAAUAUAUAUAUAUAUAUAUUUUUAUUUUUUUUUAACAAUAGUAAUUUUAAAAAGUCUAUAUCAGCAUGACUUAAUUUAGUUUUUUUGGCUUGUACAUACUGCCGUGAUUAUUUGCUUGCUCAUAUUCAGCGAUAGUGAUAAAUGGCAUUCCAAGAAUUUGAAGUGAUAUUUAAGAUUCAUUCUAUAUUUCAGUUUUUCUGUAUUCUUGACUUGUUUUACUUGAUUUAAAUCCAACGUGAUUUAUUCAUUUAAACACCACAAUUCUUUUUACAUUUUAGAUCUAUAGUUAAUUAUAUUAUAUAUAUAUAUUUCUUUUUUUAAUGAGAAUGUGAAUUUAUUCUACCCUGACAAUCUGUAUCUUCAUUUGGAUUUACAACAUUGAUUGUGGGUGCGAAAAGUAUUUUUUUUUAAAGUUGGUUAAAUUAUAUAGUACCUUGUUAGUACCAUGUUAUCAGCAAACGUUAGGAGUAUAUAUAUUAACAUUUAGGGACUGAUAACCGCUGAUUAACCAUGUGUACACAGCUGCGUGAAACAUAUUUUUAAAAUUCAGUGUGGAAAAACGUUUGCUUUAAAAACCAUAGUGUAAAUAAAAAAAAAUGAACUUCCAACCUUAACGCAAAACCACAUAUAUCUAUAAUCUCUUUAGUUUGUAAUAAACGCAGUUACAUAAUUAUCCGUGGCUGUCUAUGGGUGAUAGGAUGUAUACCACAAUAAAGUUUAGCUAGAACAAAUGUGUCCGUGGGGUAGGGAAAGUAGUGUGUAUUUCUAUAUUGGAGUGUUAAACCAAAUUUCACUUUAGAAACUCGAUUAAAGAAUUUUCAUAUGUUCAACUGUUCACCCAGGACAUACUUGAAUAGGAGAGAAAUCUCAAUGUAUCCUUCCUGGUAAAAUAUUUCUAUAAAUAAAUAAAUAAAUCUGAAUAUACCAGGUGGUAGGACAGCGCCCCCCUUUCCCCCCUCAAUGUUGCCCAAGAAGUGUUGUUGGAUCUGUGGAGUAACUCACAGGAUGUGAAUGUUAUGUGGCUUUGUCUCCCGAGAGCUCUCUUUUUGUAUAUUGUGUUAAGCAGUUGAAUUGCAAACCAUUUUCGAAAUGUUGUUCUUUCGAUGUUGUAACAAGAUAAAAAAAACAACAACUUUGCACUAACUGUGCCAUGCGACCAUUCAACAGCAGGCCAAUGGUGGGAGCAUAUUUUAUGUCCAAGUGCUCUUAAAUGACUUGUCACUAGACACAGAACGUACAUCGUGACAGUCUAUUUAUUAGCAAGGUUCUAUGGCUAGAGAAGGGCAUUUUUACAGGAAAACCAUGUACUUCACAGGCCUAUUUCUUCAGAAUGUUUCAUAGAAUAUGAAAUAAGACUUGAAAGCUGUUGAGUCUCUAGCCUGGCGACAAGUGGAGAGUGAAUUUGAGAAGGAGGACGGUUGCUGAGGCAGUACUUCUUCGAAAGAAGAAGCAAGGAAUACAUUUCCUCACUUUGAUGCUAAACGUCAUAAUAUCUUCAUGAAGCAGAACCGCAAUUGUAUGAGUUCGCAGUUAAAGUGUAACGUGUUGGUAUUUCUGCAUGUAAAUCUCAUUAAUUGUGUUGUCAUGGUUACCCCCUAAUGCUGCGCUGCCAACAAAAUUGUGGCAUUAGACAGGUGUCAAUCACAAGUGGCAAUACUAUUAUACUAUAUUUUUUAUUGUUGUAUUUCUAUCUGGUAUAUUGGGGUCUAUUCAUUAAACCAUGAGUUGUGGUGAUAUGACAGCUGACUUGGGUAAAAUGUAGGCGAAAAGGCUGAGAUAGGGAAAAAAUAGCAAUUCUGAGAAUGUUAGAUUUAUUCCAACUUGGCUGUUAUGCACAUAACAUUGCACUUCCAAUGUUAGCUCAGCUUAGCUUACUGUUUUGUGAAUAAACCCUUUUACCUGGUAACAAUACUGAUGACUUGAAACAGAGCUUACUUACAUAUUACCAGUCAUUUCUUUUACCUCUGCUGUAGAUGCAUCUCAAGCUUUUAGAGCUACACUUAGAUGUAGACACAAUCCUUUGUGGUGUUUGUAACUUUAGAAGAAAUGAAAUAGCCAAUAGGCUUCAGACGUGCAUUCCUAAAAUUCUGAUUGGCAGCAUAGCCCAUGGCUCAUCCUUUUAUGCCAUGUGUGGCAUGAUCUAUACAUGUGAGAUCAAAGUAUUUGUAGGUACGUGGUUAAAAUACUUCCACAAUUCAGAAAUUAGCCUUUAUCGGUUGGAGAAAGGGUUAAAUUCUGAAAGUGCAAGCUGUGCGGUUUUAAAUUUUAUUCUAUUGUCUGUAGCAGUUAGAAUUUACUUUUUUUCAUGUGGGGUGGGGGGUUGAACUCUGUGUAUGACCAUCACAGUCUGUCUGGACUGACGGAAGCUCAUGUCUUGAGUAACAUAUGCUGCACUCUAUAAUGUUUCACAUUACUGCUGCUAUAGUGGUUUACACAGCUUGUGAUGACAAAUGUGUCACAUCUCUUUGUGUACAAACCUAAAGUUGAUUAGGGUGCAUUUUCCUAAUAUAUAUAUAUAUAUAUAAAUAUCUUUAAAAUCAUGAUUUAAAUCAAGGAUCACUGUAGCGUUAAGAAUGCAAAUUGUCAUCUUUUGUGAAUUAGAUAAGUAUAAGUUUGGUGCUGCUUUUUGGGAAACUUAGCACAAGGAAAGAAUUACAGAAUAUUAGUUGAAAAUUAGUUAGAUUAAGUCUGAGUGAUACCAUUUAAACCAUUAGACACCCACUCUCUUUGUGGUAAAGAUGUGCAUUUAAACUUAUAGAUUUUGGCUGUUACUGUAUGUAUAAACUUUGAAGUGGUUAAACUAGGCAUAACCUGAUAUAUAUUAUGUAGGUGUCUAGAUAUAAAAUAGGUUAGUGACACAACAUAACGAUGUGACUAAAGUGUCUGUCUUGAAACUUAUAUCUCAAAACAGUUUCAUAUCCUUUGUGGAGUAUGUAUACACAUAUCCUGUAAACCAAGACACAAUUAAGUGUAAAAAUUACCCUAAACAAUAUUAAUGGUGCAAACUAUUCCCCAGUUAGCAUAAUAGACCAAUAUUUGCAUUUCUAUGAAUAUUUUUGUAACAUAUAUAGACGUCCAUAUUGUAUUCGUCUUUUCGAUGCUACAAUUUCACAUAAUGCCCCCAAAUUCUUUUAAACUCAACAGCUUCCUAUGUAAAAAGGUUUUUUUUAUUUUUUACAUAUAUUUUGUAUGGAGGGUGGUAAAUGUAGAGGAUUGUACUGUAAAAAUUGGCCAAAAAAUGAUGUCCUGACCCUCUAAUCACACCCCUUAGUCAUCUGUUCUCUGAUGAAAUUUAUUGCAGUUGCAGGAUAUAGUAAAGUCAGAUUUCUGGGUAUUUGUAAAUAGGACAGGCCAUGUCUAUAAUGCUGUUGUUUUUAUUCACACCCAUUGAGCAAACACCUCCACCCGCUGCUGCUUGUAUAAAAUAACUCCAGCUGCUCAUGAAUAUUGGUCAGCGAAUACUGACAAAAUGUGUCUCUGUGUGCUCGCUCCAGCCUAGCCAGUAGAGCUGUUUCCUCUCCUUUGUUUCAAGGCUGUGGUUUGCGUCAUACAUUCCAAGUGGCAUAUGUCUGUGCUUUCCUGUUUCAGGCCGUUUUCAGAUCACAGUUUUUGGCCCGUCCCCUGUCACUGCCCCAGCAACUCCCAAUCCCCACCCAAGGAGUUAACACUUCCACCAACCAAUAUGUAGCUCUUUCUGUAGGCCUCCACACCAUUAAUCCUUGGAAUGUCUGCUAGUCUGGACUGCAACUCCCAAACCACUGUAGCUGGAAAAAAAAAGUUACUAUCAGCCAACUAAUUAGUGUAAUGAGAGCUGAUGUACAGGGCGGCUUGGCAGAGACCGUAUAUGUGUCUUGUUACUGUACUUUGAUAUACUCAGUCCUGCAUGAAAGAGGUUGUGGCAAAAAUUCCAUUAUUUCUAUACCAUGAAUGGAACAUGCAAGACAUUUUUGAGAGAUGCUUAAUAAAAAAUUUAAGAAUUUGUUGAGAUUUAACUUCAUAUGUGGACUCUUCUGCUUUAUGACACAGAUGUUUUCUUCAGCUUAAAUAUUAGGAGACUCUAUAGAAAAACAAAAAAUUUAAUAAGUGAACUUUUUGCUUAAACAUUUUUUCUUUUUUAUGCUCAUGUAUGCGCUUAAUGCUCCUGAAUAUAGUAUUUUUUUUUUCAUUGACACACACUAAAUCUCGGGCUCGUUGUGGUGCUUCAAUAGGGCACGGGCCCGCAUUAACAUGAACCCUGCCAAAGCCACUACAAUGUGCCCAUUUAGUUGGGGUAACUUGCAGAUAGUUUAGAAACUAGUAGUAAAAUUAGUAGGGCCAUAAAAAAACUGUCAGCAAUUCACUUGGACUUGAAAAUGUAAAUGUAUCACUGUUUGAUAUAUAGUGAAUUUACUGUGAUCUCCGAAGCUUGAGAGCAUACUAGCUGUAUCCCAUUCUAAAUCGAAUGAGUUCAGUAAAUCUUAGAACAUCCCAGUUGAAGAACUGCAAGUCGCAUGAUCCUUUAUCAAUCUGAAUGCUUAGAAGUGAUUAGAGCAUUUUAUAGUUUUAAAACUAUAUAUAUAUCCUUCUGCCACCUCUGUGUGUGUUUUUAUUUUGUCUUUGUUUUUGUUUUCUUCUUCAAGUGUUUAAAAACUGUCCCUAUGUAAGGCUCUUUCAUUGAUAGCAAGUUCCCAUAAUCCAUGUGUCCUGUAGCAAAAUCCAUGCACUAAUUUACUUGAGGGACUUGGUUGUGGAAAUGAAGAACUGAGGCAGUGAUGGUUAAAUGUCAUAUCCCAGACGUGCGGUGAACCAGCAAGCAGACAAAUGUAGUAAGCAGACAACGAGGGUGCCAACGGUACCCAUCAUGUCAUGCAGGAGGUAAAUAUUACACAUUAGAUAAACCUCCUCCAUUUCUCUGCCAAGCAGCAAUUCUCUGUAAAAGUCUUUCUCUCUCGUUUUUUUUCUGAGAUCACUUACUGACUGCUCUCAAAUUGGUGACCUACAACUGAAUGCAGUUUCAAGAUGAUAUUCAGGAAGCCAUCCCGAUAAUAAAUAUCCUAAUGUGUUUGGGAUUUAACUUAAAUCAAGCAUGACACCACUCCCAGUUCAUAUCCCUGUGCCAGUGGACUUUGUAAAUGAGUUGAACCCUUACACUUUAACUCUUAAUAGCCCAUGACUAUUAUUGUAUGUAGUCACUUGCCAGCUGCCAUGCAGCUGUAAUACUUAUCCUAUCUUUACACGACAAAGAUAUCAGUUUAGUCAUCUGUAAUCAGCCAGGGAUAGGUGGCUGCUAUGACAUGACAUGCAGUAGAAAAGCACUAGUUAAGAGGCUGAAAUGCCCCAAAAAAUCAUGGUACAAUAUUAAAAAAAGAGAACUGGUGAACAAUUGUAUAGGAUGCCUCCUUGAAAUUGGGUGUGUUACGUGAAGAAUAUAUUAAUAUUAAGCUUUCCUUUCUCUUCUUUUAUAAUCCAUAUACAAAAGAUUCUACUAGAAUAUUUGUAUUGAAUGUGGGGAGAAAACUGGGGUAGUUCUACACGUGAAGCAAUUGCCACUAAAUCAAAAACAAUCUUCAGACACCGAGUAACAUUCUAGUGGUUUGCUAUGUUGAUAAUUUUGGUUUAAGAUGUUUGCCCUUUUUAGUGGUAAAUCUCUCCCAUGGAGAUAUGUUCACCAUGGCACCCACACAGCGUGUCCUAAUAGGAUUUUUUUUUUAAAUGCCUUAUCAUGUGAAAUCUAAUGCUCAUAUACUAACAGAAACCGUUGUUCCUCAGUGCUCUGGUAACCUUUUAACACCAGCAACAUAGUGGGACGCGUUGCACGCUAUCACCUGUCUUUUGUUGAUUGCAACUCAUUACUAAGCGAAACUCAACCGGCAUUUGUUGAGAAUAUUUUGUUUGCAGACUCCCCCGCAUGGACAAAUUACAGGUCAUACACAAGGAAUGGAAUUUAACACCUUGAAUACAAUCAGAAAAUGUAACUUUCAAUGGAAAAAAAAAUAUUAAUGAAACCAGAAUAGCAGUUUUAAGUCAAAACAGUAGUUGGAAAAAUAACCAAGAUGGGGAAUUUUUUCGAUUUGACUAUUUUAAGCUAAAAUCUGGAGAGCUCUUUAUUUUUCACCAUUUCCCGUUAAGCAAAUUAUGUACAUCUAUCAACAGAUAUAAUUGUGGGCGACAUCACUUGUUUAUUGGAAUAAACUAAAGUCCAUUGAAGGCAGUCUGAGCCAGUCCUUUCAUUUAUGCAAAAAUAUAUUAUCAUUAUUAUUAAAAAAAGUGACAUUAAAACGCCAUAAUCCGUACAGUGUCAGUUAUUUUUUAUUUGUACACACUAACUGAUAAUCAGAUUGUGGUAUGUAGUAUAACAAAUGUGGGAAUCAUAUCUGAAAUAUAUUUAACUUGACAUUUUACUCUCUUACAUGUAAAAUCAAUGAUAUCUGAAGAUUGUUUUUGAAUUAGUGGUGAUUUUCAGAAUAGUUUGUAUGAAUGUGAAUAUAGCCAGUGCAAUUGAUGGCUCAUUUAGACAACUGUUUCGUAAACUAGUUUAGGACUUGUGUGCUAAUUCAUAGCAGUUCAGGGGACAUAUAUGGGCGAAUGAUUUAGAUACUUUUGCUAAACAGUGAAUUGACCGUCAACUUAUACAAUGAGAUGGCGUGGUCCAGGUGCCUAUAGUGUCCCAAAAUUUGAAAUUCACUUUUAAUUCUCAACAAUUCCAACUUUAGUAAAUGACUGAUAAUAUUAAAGGAAACUAUAGCGUCACAAAUACAAACAUGUAAUCCUAACACUAUAGUGCUGGAGUAGCAGUUUAGUUGCCUGGCAUCCCUCAGAGUGGUGUUAAAAGGUGUGUAAACUUACCUUUUCACCAUUGCUAUGCCGUUCUCACUGCGGUUGGUCUCGAAUCCAUGGCUGAGAUUCACCGGAAAAAAGAACCCAUCAGCAUCCCAUCAUAGAGAUGCACUGAAUCAAUGCAUCUCUAUGGGUAGCGUUCCGCAUCUGAACACUGUGCAGCACUGAAAUAGGAAGUACCUCUAGUGGCCGUCUGAGUGACUGCACCUAGAGAUGUUACUGGGCAGCAAUGUAAUCAUUGCCUUUUCUCUGAAAAUGCAUGGUCUACAUUGAAAAGCCUACAGGGACAAGCUAUAGUUUUCUAGUAUGUCCUGUUGUCUGAAUGUCAUUAUCCAACUUAAUAUCACUCCUAUUAUAUUCUGUGUUAGCAAAACUACAGAACUAUGUCAGCUUGCUAAAAGAGCUGAGUUAGAACAUAUUGGGAUACUGAAAGCAAAGUGUCUGUUUAUUUUGUAUUUAGAAGUACAAUAGAACACUGUGGUCUCACCAUUGUUGUAUCCUCACACCAGCACUAGAUAAACCUGCCAACUAUUCACAAGAUGUGACCCUGUAAAUUUGUGGGAGAGGAAAGAGGAAAAGGUAACUGUGUAAAAGAACAGGAAGGGAAAAAAAAAAAAACUUUGUCAAAUUCCUCAGGAAGUGUCUCAUACUCCCUGCUGCUAAGGCUCCAGAUUUGUUUUCAUAAACCAGGGUGAGGCUCCACGAGAGUUGCCCCUUCACCUCCACUGGAGGAGAUUUUGUUGAUGAGAGAGGGCAUGAGGAAGUACUUUGGAGAGACAGGAACAAUUUCGACUUGAGAAAGCUGACUUGUGCAGUAUUGGUCUUUUUUCAAGUUUAUUUUAACUCAUUUAGUGUCGGCUUGAAAUGAACUAUUUCAGGAGACACGGUUACUUUUCUGUUUAAAAUAGGAUCGGUGAAGCAUGAGUAGAAGGUUGUUUUAAAAUAGGAUCAGUGAAGCAUGAGAGGUGCAGUUCUUGUACCUACUGCUCGCCUCUUCCCGGUGUCACAAGUUCAGUGACUGAAGCCGGUCAGUCAGAAGGAAAGAGCAUGCUGUGGCAUAGAGCCGUGACAGCUUAAGGUGCGGGAAAAGAGUCGGCGGCAAGACCUCAGGUCUGAUAGAAUAAUGGAAAAUGUAUUAAAAUCUAAUUGUGAAUUACAUUAAAAUAGAUAUGUUGUUGCAUUUAGUGAACCGAGCAGGCGUAUGUUUGUUUCUUUUGAAUAAGUUUGGUUACUUUGCUUUUGAGUACAUUAUUAGGCCCAAGCACAGAGAACCUUUUAGUUAACAAGGAAAACGAGAACUGCUAAAGCUCAGAAUGCUUAGUACCUGUUAAUUUUUACAGUCCUAUCAGUAAUCUCACUAAAGUGCUAACUAUAUGGACUUUAAAGUGAAUUCCAAAUGUAGACUAAAGUAAUCAAACUCAAAACAAAGCUGACUUGGGUAUUUUUUAUAGUUCGACUAUUUUGGCCUACAUUUGAAAAUCACUUUGAGAUCCAUAGAACGCGCACUUAAAAUCGACUCUGUGACCCCACCACCACUCAAAAAAAAUAAAAUUAAAACCUUCAUGAUAUACUCACAUUGACUGUGUUGAAAGUCCACUAAAAUUCCCACACAGUCACAUGAUAUGCUGAGAUAAAGUAGGGACUACAUUGUCUUAUGCAUUUUUCCUCACUUGACGGAAAAUGGUGGCUAUUACAGUCAAGUUUUGUCUUUCCCCCUGCCAUCACUAGUGGGCAUUGUCUAUGGAGGCUCUGGUGGGAUCCUCUAUAAACAUCAGUGUUAUUCUUUUGCGCAUGUUCAAGAGUGCAACACUGACACGGCCUCCUGACAGCCAGGCCUGCGGCUGUAAAUCUUACCUUUCCCUGUAUCUGUGGGCCACUGCACUGCAAUAUACAAAGACCAUAAAAAUCCCAUUUAGUGAGGAGAGUAACUAUUUUCCUUAUUCAAAAUUGCUUGCACUUUUUGUUAUAUCACUCUCGAAGUUUUUAUUUACAUAAAUGAGUGAUAGAAAGGCCUUAGGUCACACAAAUGUUUAUCUUAGUCAUGGAUAUGAAAUAAAUUGUGCAGCCACUCAGUAUCUCUAACCAUCUGGCAAGUUUAAAAUCAAGUUUUUUUUUUGUUUCUUUCUUGGCUGAAAGUUUUCUCAUGAAAGUAUUCCCAGGAGUAGCGAUCCUUUGAAUGUUUACAUGUGCAGAAAUAUCAUUAAUGAACAGGCAACACUUACACUUGCCCAUGCUUGCACAUACGCAUACAGAGAGAGUGAGGAUAAAAGCACAAAGUACUGUGCAUGUUGGGAUAUAAUGUGUAAUAUGAAAAAAUAUUACAAAUAUAUAAUGUACAAAUAUUGCUGUUUAUGCAUAUUUAAAAAAAAUAAUAUCCGAAAGUAUUACUUUACUGAGAGGGUAGUGGAUGCAUGGAAUAGCCUUCCAGUUGAAGUGGUAGAGGUUAACACAGUGAAGGAGUUUAAGCAUGCGUGGGAUAGGCAUAAGGCUAUUCUAACUAUAAGAUAAGGCCAGGGACUAAUGAAAGAAUUAAAAAAAUUGGGCAAACUACAUUGGCCGAAUAAUUCUUAUCUGCCGUCACAUUCUAGGUUAAUGACGGAGACACGCAGUUUGCUACUUCUAGAUACUUUACCCAGGUUUACAUGCUUGUAGUUUUAACCACUUAAGAACCAAUGUACUUCUUUGCCAUCAUAACAAUCUAUUCUUUAACUCGCCUUCUGUAAAUUGGAUUUGCAUGCAUAAAACAACCAAAGCUUAAUAAACAGGUUUGCCAUGCUUAUAUUAAGUAUUUUGGGACUAGAUUGAGCAAAGUUUAAUGUGGUCCUUAAGAGGCUAAACACAUUUUUAGUUCAGUAGAGGAUGGAAUUGUGUGAUCACAUAACAUUCUCAAUUGCUGUUAUGAUUAGUGUGAUCAGUGCAGAUCGGUCUUAAAUGUGUAUUUACAUUUUUAUUUUGUAAUUGUUAAAUGAUAAUGAUGUUGUUGUAGCAGGACAGACAAAUGACUGAUUUCGGUUAUAUUUCUGUGGUCUCCCACUUCCCUGGGAUCACUAAAUGAAAAUUACCCAACUUGCAAAGAUCGAGUAUGACAUUAAAAUCAUUUAUAAUGCCAGUGGCUACUGCAGUGCAUACCUGUCCAUAUCAGAGUUUUUCUGCAGUGCUCUGCGCAUGGGUAUGCAUUGUACCACUGGCACACAUUCUGUCCUGUACCACCCCCUCUACCUGUUUGUCCUGAUGAAUAUAACCCUACAGGAACUUUGCCCCAGCCUUGCUUUUGAUAAAUAAUCAUCAAAACCUGCUCUUUAAAACCAAGUAGAUGAUUACACAAAAGCUCAAUCUUUUAUACUUGAAGCAUAUUUCCUGGUACUUAAAUUCUGAAUAAAGUAGACAUGAAUGUCAGUAUGAAAAUUCUAAAGGAGCAUGUCUUGGAUUUUAAAGUAAAAGCAUUGGAAAGAACGACUUUCCAAACAUGGGUCAAGGUACCUGGAAUGGUUAGAAAUCAGUUAAGGGUAAGAGGCUCAUUAGCAUUUUAGCUUGUGCAAGUCUAGUGCAGUGGUGGGCUACCAUGGGAAAGGAACCUCAAAAAUAGAUAUUGCAGCAUAUGAAUCUUUUUCAUAUUGACAAUACUCCAAAUGUAUGUCCAACAUCUAUUUUUUAAUAGUAUCUUUCUGAAAUGUGAUAUUUUUAGAUGGAUAUUGUAAUAGGCUUUUCACAGGGAGUAGUCUUUUAAUGAAGCCCAUUCAUUGGUGUAACCAAUGUGUCGUGCCCAGAAUCCUUCAUCACCUACAAGUUCUGCUUGAUGUCAGCUAUAUCGUAGGGGAGAUUUACAAAGCGGUGAAAAUCUGGAGGGCUUCCACUCCGUUCAAAACUCACAUUCAAGCUAAUUAAUAGGUGCUAUAGACCAACACUUGGGUAUGGAAUCUCUACGUUUUGCCACUUAAAGCAGCAACAAACUCAAUUUUAAAUCUUCUUUAACAUACAGACUUUAAAAAUAUAUAUAUAUUUUAUUUCGUCUGAGGAUACUACGGCAGAUGCUUUUACAGACGCAUGCAUUUUAUCUAUACACAGUGCUUGCAUGAUUCGAUUUAAACCGUGUAGGAUGCCUGCCGGGAUUCGAUUUAAACCAUGUAGGAUGCCUGCCGGGAUUGACUCGUUAUUCAGUGGAAUAGAGGGGAUUCUUAACUGUGUAGUUGAAGAGAUUCUUAAAUAGUUCCAGAUUUAAGAACAAUAUAAAACUAUUACUACUGUAAAAGCAAGAGAAUUUAACUGCCCCACACUACAUUGCUAACGGUCAAGCAGGGUGCAGGGACUGAUAGUGGUGGCAACUGGCAAAUAUAAAGAUUUUCACCACCUGAACACUGUCCAUUUUACUCAUAAUGGUAAUAAUUUUGUUUAUUUUAAUAUAGCAAUAAAUUUGCAGCCAAGUUACAACUUUUAGAAUAAUACAGCAAAUCUGCAAAAUACACCCAUCUUUGCUGUUUGGCCUACACAUUUUUAAAUCCCUGUUAUUUCUUUCUAGAAAGCACUGUUUAGUGAAUACAAUCCUCCUCAGGUUUUUUUAAUUCAGAGCUUGCCAUAUCUCAGCAAACACAGUGCCUGGAUUCCUUUCGCAAGAUGGGGUAUUUUUUUCUAUAUUUUUUUUCUUGGCUUUUUUUUAAUAUAUUGUUGCUUUUUCUCAUUGACGUUUUUUUUUGUCUUUUUUUUAAAUCAGUGUUUUGGCCUUGCAUGGAUAAAAGGAUACAUGUAUUGCAAUCUCCCUUUUCUUUGUUUUUGAAUGAUUGUAUUAAAAUUGUAGCAAUACUACUCUCAGUUCUAGGGAGCCUCUGAUGCUGGUAUCUGGUGCCUAAGAGACCACAGAUUUUGCAAGAAUAGAAAUGCCAUCCACCUAUACUAUUACCUUGUAAGGCAGAUAUUUUCUGUUCAUUAAACACACGCACUCCCCGUGACUAAACCAACACGCAAAUGGACUGUACUAUAUUAAACAAUAAUCUACAUUGUAUCACCCAGUAAAAGAAAGGGAGUCAGUGAAAAGAGCUAGUGUGAGCAGUGCUGACAUGGUUAACACGUAACGCUUUCAGCUGGAACUCUGUGGGACUUGGUGUCACUGCCCUUUAACUGUGUUAGUGUCUGUGACCCCAACCCUCCAUUGUGCUCAAAACCACAGAGAUUUUCUAGAGAAUUCCUGAAAAUGAGCAACGAUUGGCAACCAUGAAUAAACCGUAGAUCCAUCUGGCCUGAAACCAUCCAGCUGUAACUUUUUUUUCUUUUUUUUUCUUCGUCUUUAAAGCAAGCCUCUAAACCUUAAUUUUUCCAGGACACGUAUUCAGAAGUGUUUGGGAAUGUUUUCCGGUGCUAUCCCUGCAGACAAGAGAGCCCCUUGUUUCUUAAGUCAGUAUAGUUUGCCUUGAAGGAGGGGACUAGUCUGCAUACUUUCUGCACUGGGAUCUGAUAUCUGCUUUGUUCCUUUUUUCUAGCUCACCCUUCACUUGUCCAGAACCGUAAUGGAGAAGCUUGAGACAGGAAACCAGACAGCAGUCAGUUCUGAUAAGGCAUGGUAUUGUUUAAGGGAGGGGACCUCUGUUAAUUUUUUCAUUUUUUUUUUCUGUGACCGGCCCUCCCUUUUCCUUGAUGCCUGACAGCACACAAGGGGAGCAUACUAUAACGCUUGCUUCUUUUCAAGGGAUUCUUUAAAGUUCUUUAAAGAUACUGUAACAAAAUCUCGUAUAUAUUGCCAUUUAUAUAGCGCCAACAGAUUCCGUAGCGCUUUACAAUAUUAUGAGAAGGGGGAUUUAACUAUAAAUAGGACAAUUACAAGAAAACUUACAGGAACGAUAGGUCAAACAAACUUACAGUCUAUAUUACAUUGUACUUGUACAAAAAACAGUUAUUUAGCAUUUUAAAAAAAAUUCACUUUUUAGGACUCCUCUAUUCCUCAUUCUCUCCUCCCACUGCGAUCCUGAGUUUGAAAGUAUAUUAUUGCUUAUUUAAUAUUUCAAUGCAAAAACCUACUAGGAAAACCAUAAAAUGUGUUGCGUUAAGAAACAGAAAUGUUGCCUUUCCUAAACAUUUCCAGCUCUGUAAGGAACACACGUCUCAUUGCUUUAACAUUCUAUUAAGGUUAGCUCUUUCUGCUCAUUGACCAGUAAAAUGGGGUGACCAGGCCUCUUCUUCAUUUAGGAUUGAAAACAAGGAAAUGUUGGACUGAAAACCGAAAAGGACGUUUUUGUGUAGCCAUUGCCAGUUACAGGAAGGGCCAGUCACUCAUCACCAAAGUAGGCUAAUAAUAUUGGAAUGCGUCAUUGUUUACAUGGUGCAAUUGAUGAAUUGUGGCUUGUUGGCUGAUUAUUGUAUUAGUCGACUCCUGUGUACUAUGAAUGGACCUUGUAAGAAUUCUCAUUUCCAGUAGACUGUUUGGUCUCAUCCUGGUUUAUCAUAGAUGUGUAUUCUGCAUUUUUAAAAGUGAACUCAUUAUGUUACUUGAAAGUUUGUAUGAAAUUAAACCACAUAAAAUAUAUUCUCUACGUAAAUUGAACUUGCCAUGAAAUAAACAGAAAUAAACAUAUCCUGCAUAAUUGAACGACAAUAUACUUAUAGAUAUUAAUGGGGGGAAAUGCUAUGCGGUAACCAGAGUUAAGUUAAUUUUUUGCUAUAAAAUUAAAGAUGCAGAUAGAUGUUGAUGUCUGCUAUUAGCUUAAAGAGAACCUACAAUCUCAGAAAUAACACUUGUUUUUUGGGGGGACUACAGGUACCCAUUCUCCAUUACCGGUGUUUUUAAAAAUAUAUUUUUAAAGAGAUUACUUACCUAAUUUCGAGUGUUGGGAUUCCUCUGCUGCAGUUGCCUGCUCCACCUUUCGAAGACGUCUUCCAUAAUCUGCUCCAGUCCAGUGCUUCUCACCGAAGCAUUGAAUUGGAACUAGGCAUGCACGCUCCUCAAAUUAGAUACCGCUAUCAGUAGCAUUUGAUUCCAGAACUGGGUUUCACUGUUUUGCAGUGUUUUUCAUUGCAGGGUUAAAAUGACAGGAACACUGCAUUGAGAUGAAGUGGGGACUUUAGUGGACCUCCAAGGAGGAAUAUGGGAGAGGUGAACAAGGAGGAAUAUAUUUGUAAUGUAGGAUGUAUAGUAGCUACAGCUAUUAGGUAUUUUGAAAAGUAAAUACAAUAUGGUAAAUUAAGAAGACUGGAGUGGAGACUAGUGUGAUAUGCAGAACCCACUGCAGUGUUCAAUACGUUUUCUAUAUGCCUUGCUCUCAGCCCAUUCAAAAUAUGACCCAGAAUCCAUUUUUUUUAAUUACCUGAAUUUCUCUCCAGACAAGCACAUUAGAGAAGUUAUAAAACAUAUGGAGAUUAUUCUGAACAUGUACCAUUGUUUCCAUUCUAUUUUGCAUAAAUAGAAUCAGUUGCCCUUUAUGUCUUACCAGUAGGUGUGAACGCUAUCAUUAUCAAUAAUGUGUUCUGGAAGCGCCCUGGCAGAAGUUCACUAGACUUAAUUCGUUAGGAAAAUAGCACAAUUGUUUGAAAGCAACAUAGAAAGAUGCCAUGUCCUUCCUUCCUUGGUCUGAGAAUGCUUCUCAGAAGGUAAAUUAGACAGUUGACCAGAGGAGGGGACGGAAUUCUAUGAAUGUAUAUUCUACUAUUUUUAGGCUUCUCCACCAAUCAGGAAUGCUUACCUCCCAAAAUUUGAAAGGCACAGGGAGGGGCAGUUUUAAGCGUGUGACUGGAGGUGUGGCCAGGGGUUGAGCUGUUCUGAGAAAUUUUAGGUGACUUAUUAAUAACAAUUUAUGCAACUAAAAUAAAAUUUAGGACAGAAACAAUGUAUCUUAUUUACACAGAUUGUUCUCGAAACACAUUUAUUGUGGUUUAAAGACACAUUACUCUGAGUAUUAUUGCUUUGGAGGUCUUUUAUACACUCAGACUCACCAACAAUACAGAGCUUUUAAAAAACAGGAUAUUAGUAUAGAAAAGAGGGACAGAGGGAUGGGCUGAAAAUGGGGACUGUCCCUCCUAAGUAGAGAGAGUUGGAAGGUAUAACAAAUGUGUGCAAAAAUGGAGAGGUAGUCCUGUGGGAUCUUAUGAUGAUUUAACAAACCUGAACACCUAUAAAUGAUCAGAAAUGCAACUGUGCAACAUGGUUUAAUACUCCUUCAUGGCUAGGUGUUAGACAAAUUCUCUUUGUAUCAUGCAAUGGCAAGCUAUCUGUCAGAAUAGGGGAUAAAAUGUCUGACUAUUACUUGAAACUUAUCCCGUUUCUCAUCCACGUUAAGAAUACCUUAAUAGUUUCUUUGUCUUUGCCCUGUGAGAUCACUCAGUUGGCCGAUAUACAAGUUUUUCCAUCACAAGUUAAAAUGAUACAGUCCAAGGUGGAUCUAAUGAACACUCAGGCAAACAAAUAGAUGUGUUAUAGCAACUUUACUUUAAUCACUUGGUUAAUUUGGUUUGCAUAGAGAGAGAACAUAAAAGCAUAGGUUAAUUCUGUUUACUUGAGUCAAAUGAUGAUGCAGUAUUUAUCAUAUUAGCAGGACGAUGAGAUAAUUCCCAUUAAUGACUCUGAUUUCCAUUAUUAUUACUUAUAAAGCAGAGUGCUGCAAUGUGGGUAUAGCAUGGGGUUUUGGACAGAAAGCUAAAACAUAUAGUGCCAAAAAAGGAUUUAAACUCAUAUAUCAUUCAUUAUCACUAAGCAGUUACUAAUGAUUUUUAUUAUAGUGUUAUCAUGUAUACUGCAAGUUUCAAUAGAGACAAACCAGCCAUGCACCCAAUGUUUACACAUUGUCACUAGGUGUUAUCCCUGUCUCCAUAUCUGCUCUGUUUUACUUCAUUCUGCCAAGUCACUUGUACUGUAAACAAUAAGUAGUCGCUCAGUACUAAACUGUUGUGAUAUUGUUUAUACAGUAGAACAGGAAUUAAUAAUGGUUCCUGAAUUUGUGACUGUUGGUACCUACGAGUCAUUUAUUUAAGAUUCUAAAAACUUGUCAUACUCUAUGGCUACUGGAAUCUAAGAGACUAGCUCCUAAAUGCGUAGGACUGGCCUGAGAUUAUAAAAGUUACCAAAAUUCUUAUCUAGCCAUCCCAUCUUACCAUGAACCUUCCAUCACAAUCUCAUCCUCUUUACCUGCAGUUCUUUGGCUCCUUAAAAUUCUCUCUAGAUUGUAAUCUGUAUCCAGCUUCAGGAGGGGCCAGUUUAUGUUUUCCAGACUUAAGGCUGUCAAAGGAUAGUGAGAUUUAACCCCUUAAGGACCAAACUUCUGGAAUAAAAGAGAAUCAUGCCAUGUGUCCUUAAGGGGUUAAAGUUCUGCAAAAGUUCUAUUUGGCCACCUCUCCUGUACCACGUUUAUCAACGCUUGAGGCUGACACAAUGUUCAUUCUGAUUAUUAUCAUUAUUGGCAUUUAUAAAGUGGGAAAUGUUACAUAAAUGAGUCAAUUAUAAAUUAUUACAGGAACCCUGAGGACCCUGUUCGAACAACCCAGCAACAUGGUGGGAAAAGUAGCAGAAUUGGAAGAUGAGCGUGGACUGCGCCCCUUUGGGAAAGAUGCUUUCAAUACUUUCCUAUGGGGAUUUCAGCGACGCUGGAGGGCCUCACAUAGCAUGAGGACGUCCAGCGACGCUAUAGCACAGAAAAUCUUUGCUAUAAACCAGGAAGUGCCCUCUAGUGGCUGUCUUGUAGACAGCCACUAGAGGAGGACUUAACUCUUCAAGGUAAAUUUUGCAGUUUAUGAAGACUGCAAUAAUUACAGCUGCAGGGUUAAGGGUAGUGGGAGUUGGCACCCAGACCACUCCAAUGGGCAGAAGUAGUCUGGGUGCCUGGAGUGUCCCUUUAAAUGCCUGUGAGAUAUCUUAAAAAGUGCGAGUUAGCAGUUCAGGUAAAAGCUGCAGACAGGAGAAGGUCACCUGCGGAGCGACCCAGAAAGUGUGUACCAAUGACAUAGUGAUGGCAUGCAGUGGUGGGUAGAGUUGAGCUUUUUAAGUAAGGGUUAAUAUUUUGAAUUUAAUCCAGUAGGGUACAAGAAGCCAAUAUAAUAACUGACAGAGGGGCAAGGUGCAAGAGGAGCAGCAGGAGAGAAAAAUCAUCCUAGUAGCAGCAUCCAUUACAGACUGUAGUGAAACAGUAUGGUUUCAUGAUCAACCCUAUACAUUUUUUAAUUCACCUUAGUAACUACAACCCUACACCCUUCAGCACCAGAGGGUCCUGCAGUGCUUUGUAAUGAUUUACAGAUCUUCCUGGCUCUGAGGUAGUUAAGUUCUAAAAACUACACAUCAUGGGAAGUGCUAUAGAAAGGUCAGAAUGGAGAUUUUUUUUCUCUCUCUCCUCCCCCCCCCCACCCCCUUUAUUGUUGAUUUUCAAGGUCUGUUCUCAGAACCACACAAUCCCACAGCCCCCACACGCCAACAUCUGGCAAUCCCCAAUAGUAAAAGUCGACUUGUUGGUAUAAGGAAGUUAAUGAACAUUAAAUAAAGGUUAUUUAGGAUAUCCUAUACAGAAAAUGCCUGAACACUAACACAGAUGUUGUUGGUAUGUAUUCAGUAAUUUUUCCUUUUUUGUUUUUUCUUUCUUGUGAUACGGGCCUCCACUUUUUUUGUCUUCUUUGUAAGAAAAAUUAUGCGGAGAGUAUAUCCAGACAUUUUAUUGUAAAGUAGAGCAAGGGUAUAGGACAUAUCCCAGUUUGGCUGUUGACAGAUGGGAGGAUUACCUGUAUAUAUGACUUAAAGAUAAGUUGAUUACCUGAAUGAUUAUUUUAAAUACAUAAACAAGAAAAUAUAGUGACAUCACUGUACUUCACAGGUAAGUUGAUUGCCUGGAGGGUCACAAAUGUUUUAAAUGGGUGCAUACAAACUACUAAAACUAUUGCACAAUAUGCAUAUGGAAACAAUCUUGGAUAGAGACAUCAUUUGUAUCACGUUAAGGGUUAUUUACUUAAGUGUGAUAUGUAAAAAUUCACUUUGAAAUCACAUUGAAUUCCUGACAUUAUAGGCCAAAGCAUUGCUGACUAAAUUAGUGAUGGGGUUUUAUUUUUAUUGUCUUGUACAGGUUUGAUCGUCACCGUUCAUUAUCCUGUUGUUAUACUUUUAAUAUAAAUGCUUUCUGAUGGACAUACCCCUAUUAGCUUUAUUUACCACAUUAUGACCUUUCUAACAAUCGUGUUUGCAUGCGCAUCAUCAUCUACUGAUUGUAUUCAAAAAUACAUCAAGAUAUUCCUUUGAGCUCAGAUUAUGUUUCUCUCUUUAAUGUUCACAUUUAUAUUGCAUUAAUUUUUUUCCAAUUAUUAUUUUUUUUAAAUGCCGUAAAUGUCCUUCACAAUUUGAAUUUAUGAUUUCAUUGACACAUAGUUCUUGAAGUUGUUUUUAAUCAUCGUUUGGAGAAAAGGAAGUUUAGUUGCACUAAACCAUAUAUUCUAGUCAACAUACACUUGUUAAAAUAUGUAUAUUAACUUUCUCCUGCUGUUGACAGCUUGGUUUAGCUUCUAAACACCUAUGGAAUGUACACAAGGCUUUGUUCAAACAACUUAAAACACCUUGUGGUGAUACAUUAAACAAACGUGGAACAUGUCUAUUAAAAAGCAGCUUGUUUCCUUGUAUGUCUGUAUCCUUGGCUCUCUGUAAACGAGGAUUAGUUGGGCAUGUAGGUACCUUCACCCUAUCUACAGUGAUUACAAAUAAGAAAACCUUCUGUGAAUGGUCUGUGAGACACACAUUUAAAUGUAAAAUUACAAAAUUAGUCAUUUGGGUGACUGAUCAUUACACAAAUUAGAGAUAUACACUCAUUUUUAAAUGUAAGAAUAGUGCUGUUAUCGUGUUUUAUGAGAUCUUACAAUGUGUUUGCUGUAAUAUUAGUGGCUGAGACCUAAGGGUGCCCUUGCAGUGGAAUAUGGCACUUUGUUUAGAGUUUUCAAUCAGAAUUGCAGAUAGUAGAUCCAUGGUUUCAUGCUGAUGCCAAAUUACAAUCUGAGUAGGUGGCAUCAGAUUAUUGCUUUAUUAAAAUCUGAGAUCGAUUAUAAUGUUGCGUUCAAGUAGCCAAUUGGGUUAUUGGCAUGUUCUCGUCCCAGACGGUGGCAUCAAGUCAUCGCUAUGUUAGGUUAUUGCUGUAUUUCAGCCUCAUAUGUGAUAAUAAGAAUGGUGGUGUGAAAAAUAAUGUGAUAGUAACUUCAAAAUUAAACGCUAUUUUAUUUUAAAACACCAUGAGGAUUUUUUUUAAAUCACAUUUGAACUCUUACAUUAUUUUUGACAGUCUUAAUUAAUCUAGCUAAUGAUAUUCUUAAUUAUAUGUAGCCAUUUGCACGACAUGUAAACACAGUUAAUUAGAAUGUUAUCACUAAGCUGCCGCAUAGGCUGACAUUCAGAAGGUUAAAGGGACACAUAGUCACCUGAACAACUUAAGCUUAAUGAAGCAGUUUUGGUGUAUAGAACAUGCCCCUGCAGCCUUACUGCUCAAUCCUCUGCCAUUUAGGAGUUAAACCCCUUUGUUUAUGAACCCUAGUCACACCUCCCUACAUGUGACUUGCACAGCCUUCCAUAAACACUUCCUGUAAAGAGAGCCCUAUUUAGGCUUUCUUUAUUGCAAGUUCUGUUUAAUUAAGAUUGUCUUAUCCCCUGCUAUGUUAAUAGCUUGCUAGACCCUGUAUGUGAUUAAAGUUUAAUUUAGAGAUUGAGAUACAAUUAUUUAAGGUAAAUUACAUCUGUUUGAAAGUGAAACCAGUUUUCUUUCAUGCAGGCGCUGUCAAUCAUAGCCAGUGGAGGUGUGGCUAGGGCUGCAUAAACAGAAACAAAGUGAUUUAAUUCCUAAAUGACAGUGAAUUGAGCAGUGAAAUUGCAGGGGAAUGAUCUAUACACUAAAACUGUUUAUUUAGCUAAAGUAAUUUAGGUGACUAUAGUGUUCCUUUAACUAUGUGGAAGAGAAGCUCAGGCAGUCAGCUCUUCUGUGUUCUAAUUAUUAGCUGGUAACAUUAGAAUUGAUUUAGUUCAUUCUCUCUCAGCUACCAUAACCAGAAGGGGCAAUGUAUGAUAGCGCUAGGCUUCUCCAACCAUCGAUCAGUACCAGUAAGGUUGGCAGCAACAACAGUGCCAUUCAUUUAAAUGAAUUCUAACAGAUGACAGUGUUGCAAACAACUGGAGUGCCAUGGUUGUACAACACAAAUAUGUGUUAAUUUUUAAUUUAAAAUCUCAUUUAGAAUAAUAAAAAAAGAAACACUGACACACGUGUGCAAGUAUGUGUAUAUGUAUGUAUAUAGAGCCUGCAGCAAUCUGAUUAUUUUCUGCACCCAGGAACAAGUAAAUGUUUAAACAAAACAAAUUGGGAGAGAGAGAUAUAUGAAGGUGCCGUUAAUGGAAAAGUGACGCAUGCAUCUAAAAAUGGACUAGUCUUUGUAAAUACCAGUGGGAGCAGCAGGAACAAACCAUCUGGUUAUAUGGCAAUUGCUCAACUCUUUAGAACUUUGUCUCUCGCAUCGUUGAGUUUGUAAAAGUGCACCUCCUGUUUUCUGGGUUUUCCCCUUUGCUCUUUGGAAGAGGAAGUGACCGAGUAAAAGGGAGCUGGCGUUUCCAGCUUACUGAAAAGGAAAUAGAAAAGCUCUUAAAUUAUACCUAGGUGUGAUCAUGUCUUCACAUGCACUUAAAAACAUUACAGUCUGCCCUUUCAAAUGUAGAAUGCACUUGAUUUUUAUCUUUUAGUAAAAUUGCUGCACGCAUGUGGAAAGUCACAUUAGUGAACCAUGCUUGCUGAAUCAAGCCAAGUGUAAAACCAUUCAGUAAAAAUUGUGAUUCUUAUACUUCCGUAUACCAACCCCAAUUCUUCCUAUGGACAAAUAUCACUAUGGUUAGACAUUGUAGGAUACUGAGCGCCUAUGGUAUCUAUAUGUAGAAUGGCAUUUUGUAUUUUUUGGGGAAAGCUGGGAUUUGUAUGGUAGCACACACAACAUACAAAUGUUUGGACACACAGAAGAUAAAAUGUAGCUUCCUUCUCAGACAUCAGGGACUGAAGGAGCCGGCUUAUAGCUGCAGCAGUUUUUUCAGUUGUUAUGGUGUGUUGAGUGUCCCUGUAAGUGGAAUUGUGUAGUUAUUAGUUUUGCAUUAAAUCUACUUAAAAAGUAAUUUGAGUCGUGUCAUCCAAAAAUAUAAAUGUAUCAGUCUAUCCAAGUAGAAAUAGCAUUUUGUGUUUGUAAACAGAACCUUUACACCCUUUGAACUUUGUGAGUAAUGUUCUCUAUUUAUCCCUCGGAGUGAAGAUUCUGGGGUCAGAAAUGCCAUAUCAUUAAACUACAUAAUUUUAUGGUUUUAUUGCUUUACUAAUGAGUUGAAGAUCUGCGAUUCCACAUCAAAUGGCUGAUGCCACCUACUGGUUGGUAUUAGUCUUUAUAACAUUAAACUUAGAAAUUACAGGGUGAAAGCUACAUAACUGUAUAAAUAGGUACUUGAAGUUAGAUGUUGGCACAUAGAUAGGAAUAGGUUUCCAUUUAGGUGUAUCUUGUUAUUGUUCCCAGUACUUUCUGCUCAUUUAUGAGGUAAUUAUACAGUCAUAAUUAUCUGGAGUGAAUUUGGAAUAAUGGAGAAAUGUCCAGGCAAUAACAUAUUUUAAGCCAAAUUAAAAACCAAAUAUAUAUUUCCUGGUUUAGUGGAUUAACCCCAGAAAUGAAUACUUAUUUACAAAAUUAAUUGAAUUGUGAAUGAAUUGUAAAAAUUAAUUGAAUUGUAAAAAGAGACACUAUAUGUUAUAAAGUUUGUUGCUGCAGUUUAUAAACAUAACAUUAGUGUAUAAAUCUAUAUUAUGUUGGAUGGGCUACAGAAGAUUAUUAUAAUACUGAAACCCACCUGUAACCUAUAGGCAUGUCUAUAAUCUGCUCAGAUAUCUUCUUUAUAUAAAUUGUCCACUAUUGAAAAUACAAUUGUUUGCAGGGAUGUAAGGACAGAAUACAAAUCCUAUAUUUUUUAUAUGUUCUGUUCCAUUAAAAUAUAUUUGAAUUUUAAAAUGGCUCCUUAUGUAUUGACCACUAAAAUAGCCUUUUAUCCCAAAAUAGCUAAACGGGAUGAAUAGUCGACCAGGCAAAUUAUUAGAAUUAGUUAUUUUGGCCUAAAUUUGCAAGGCCCUGCACAGCUUUUUCUCAAUUUUAUUGAAACACUUCCUAGUCUUUUUUUCUUAUGUAAGAACAUAUAUGGGGCUUUAAAAUACUUAUCACAAUGAGAGUAAUGAUAACUUGUGGGUUUAAUUUCACUGUGAAUCGUGGUUUGUAGCAGAUAUAUGUAACAUGUCUGGCCUUAUCAUUUUGAAGCCAGUUGGAAUUACACAAUUACAACUUUUAGGGAGGCAUGUACUAAUUCACUGUAAGAGGGAAAAGAAAUCAUUAUAAGACAAAAAAUCAACAAAAAACAUUUGCAACAUGCCAGAACCAAGACAAAUUAAGUGUGAAAAAUUAAGUGUGCUUCAGUGAUAAAUAGUGGCUAAAACGGCACACUAUAAAUAUUUCUUGCACACAAUAGCAUGUUUGAAGGUUGUCAGACUGUGGGGGCAGCGUUGUUUGCACCAAAACCACUAGACAUGUAAUAGUGGUUUUUAGUACUUAGAAUCUCCCUUUAAAGAACAUAUUACAAUGUAUUUUAAACACAUUGACAGCCAACCUGCCAAAAUAUUUCUCUUCUAAAAAUCUCUACUACUUUAGUCUGGGAAAUUACAGAUGAACAUUAUUGAUAAGUGUUUGUGCUAAAGUAGUCUUUACUGUAACAUUAGAAGGUGACUAAAAAUAUGUGCAAAGUUACACAGUGCAUUGUCUUGUUUAUAAAGCUAAAAGAAACAUCAGUCUUUUAAUGUAACAUGGACUUUGUUUUAGUUAAAUCUGCCACAGCGCUUGCUUGUUGUUUGUUUUUUCAGAUUGUGAUCCAUAGAUUUAUUUUUUUUUAUUGUGCAUUUACGAUUAGUUUACUUUGUGUUUUGUAUCUUUUAUACAUAUUUGUUCAUCCUCCACUCAUUUGAUAAUAAAUCAUAUGAAAAUACACUGUGCUGGUUUUAGCUGAAAUGUCAAUGCAUUAAAUGCAAGUGGAAACAUUGAAAUGAUAUACCUUUUUUUCUCUUUUUUGUUUUAUUUCAGCCCACAGCACUUUAAGUGGCAUUAAUGCAACAAUGCUGAUGUUUGAUCCAGUUCCUAUCAAGCAGGAGGCCAUGGAGACUGUGUCCAUGGUAAGUACAAUUUGGGGGGAGCCAUUCUUCAAUUGCAAUUAUAUUGAGCCAACAUAUUAAGCAGCGCUGUACAGUAGGUAAACAAGACAAACAUUUUAUUUUGACAAAAUACAUUUGACAGACAGAAACAGAAGGUGAAAUAGGCCCUGCCCGAAUGAGCUUACACUCUAAAGGAGGGAUGAGGGGCAAAUGCACCAAGAAGAGGUUGAAGAAGAUUGCAUGCGAUGAGGAGUAAAGAGUGAGCUGAUAGGAUUCUCUAAAGAAGAGUAUUUUUUAGAGAUUCUUCUGAAGGACUGUAAAGACUCAGAGAUGUGAAGAGCAUUGUAUACAGCCUGUAUAGAGCAGAUAUGGAACACAAGGUGAUAGUGAGAAUCAGAUAUGUUGUCAUUUACAGAGAUGGCAGCUGUAUAGAUAUUGCUGAAUUAUUUCUACAACUAAUUGUUUUUGUGGCUUUUUUAACGCGUGACAAAUAAAAUAUGAAAAAUUAUCUCAUACUGUAAAACCAUUACUGGUUAACCGAGUUGGUUAACCAUCGGGCUGCCAGUAAAUGUAUUUUACAGAGGCAUGCAAUAGUUAUGUAACUAUAAAUUCUCUAUGUACAGCUGUUCAGCACUUUAAAAACUGCAGUUUAAUAAAAUCACCUAAAAACUUGUGACUUUCUAACAUUUUCCUUUGGCACCUGAUACAAAUUAUAUCAAGGACUCUUAAUUUCUACAAACAAUGAAAUGCUGGGUGUCAACCAAUUGUAUCAGGAAGUCCAAGGUUCUAAUUCACUGCUGGUUUUAAACUCUGCAUCCUUUUUCUAUUUUUGCUUUUAAGAUAUUUUAUAAUUUGUAUUUAAGAUUUGAAGUUAUUUAAAAUUCUUACUAUGUUUUGUAAACUCCAUUGCCUAAUUUGUAUUAGCUGUUAAUAAUCAUAUGUUUUGUUUAUAUGUUGUACUGCACUGCAGAAUAUGUUGGUAGCAUUUUAAUGUAAGAGCACGGUUACGGAUGUCAGAUUCCCAUGCAGUUUUGCCAGAUUAAUUAAAGAAAUAAGCAUUGUACUCUUCUAUUCCUAAAACAGAAUUUCUUCUUAAUUUUUGUUUUAGGACUUCUUGUUUUUGUUAAACAUCAGAUUGUCAGACUGAAAAUGUAGAACCACAAAAUUGAGUAUAGGCAAGCACAUCUUGUUUAAAGUAGAUAGUUCCCAGCUGUGACUUUUCACAUUUUGAAUGUCAAAUCUGGCCCGUAUGGAAUGUGACUGUUUUUAUAAAUGGAAUGAACAUAUUACUAUGUCAGAUUCUGGUUGGAAAGUCAAGGGUAUUACCAUUUUGUGCUUUUGUUUAUUUAACAGGACCGGUUGUCAAAUGACAGCCAGGGGGUGUAAUACAAUUUAUAAGUGCCAAUUUGUGAUGAAAUCUGAUGUUUUUUGUAAAAACAAGAAAAAGAGGACACGCUCUUUCCUACAUAACGCACUUCAGCAAGCUAAAGUUCUUUAGGUGUUUUGAGUUUUCCUUUAAUCCGUUUCACACAUUUUCUACUGAAUGUAUGGAGACCUUUGGAUACUGUAUGAAAGAUACUUAAUAGAGAAUCAUAUUAUAACUUUUUAAAUUAAAGGGACACUAUACUCACCAAAACAACUCUAGCUUAAUGAAGCAGUUUUGGUGUAUAGAUCAUGCCCCUGAAGUUUCACUGCUCAAUUGUCUACCAUUUAGGAUUUAAGUCACUUUUGUUUCUAUUUAUACAGCCUCCCCUGGCUCACCUGCCUAUGUCUGACACAGCCUGCAUGUAAAAAAACAAAAUGGUUUCAUUUUCAAUUAGAUGUUAUCUUACCUUAAAGAUUUUUAUAUCCUGCUCAGUAAAUUGAACUUUAAUCACACACAGGGGGCACUUGCAAGGUGUAGCAAGCUAUUAAAUGUGCAAGAGCCAAUAAAUUCUAAAUGAAACAUAAUUUGCAAUAAAGGAAGUGUAAAAAUUAGACAACUCUUUACAGGAAGUGUUUAGGCAUUCUGUGCAAGUUACUUGCAGGGAGAUGUGUGUACGACUGCAUAAACUAAGUGAUUUAACUCCUAAAUGACAGAGAAUUGAGCAGUGAGAGUGCAGGGGUAUGAUCUAUACACCAAAACAGCGUAAUUAAACGAAAGUUGUUUUGGUGACUAUAGUAUCCUUUUAAGUGGUUUCUUGACGCUUUGCCCAAGAGACUCCAGUGGUGAUUUAUAGGUGAUUUGAAAACAAACUCACAAAAUUUAGACUAAAAAUGUUUUUUGUUGAAAAGCUAAAUAUUCAAUUCUAAAAUUAAACUUUUGCAUUCUCUUGGGGCUUAGGAUGCUAAACGUGCAAGGAGAGGGAUUUUACAAACACUGUAAAGACUUCACUCAAACACUCCUCGCACCUUACCUGCUAUAAUAUAAAUCUAAUAUAAUAUAAUAUAAGUUUUGAAAGCUACUUUCAUAAGAGCACACAGGGAGGAUGAAACGGUCCACUCUCUAACCUAGCAUGGUUUAUUAUUUCCAGGAUAGAUCUUGUUGUACUGACCAACCUGGUGCCAAACAUUUGAGCUAUUUAAAAAAACAAAACACAAAAACAUCUAAUUAGGAAAAGUAUGGGGGAUUUUACAGUCUACUCUGCUUGUAAAUUUUAACAACAGCUGUACUGUACUCAUAAAUAAAAUCUUUGAAUGCUAAUUCACUUAAUUGAAUGUAAAAGAAUGGAACAUGUACAGUUAGGAACGAUUUUACAAACUGUUUAUGAACUUGCACCGACCUCGGGUUAAAUCAUAGGUAGUGGAGCCACGAGAUAUUUCUAUGUUGAUACAGUGUUCCGUUUGUAUAUAUCACUCUCUUGCCGCUGUAAUGAUUGCACAUUUUCCAUUUUCUCAAUCUAUAAAAUGUUAUCCCAGUAUAGGCUUUAUUUUUUCACAAUUGCUUUUAACCAGAACACUUUUUUUUAAAACAAUUAAUUAUAUCUAUGGCCCUGGGAGUGGCCGACAGCUACUCCCAGACAUGGUUUGUCUUCUGUAGUACAAAUACAUAGACAGCCAUCCAUAAUGGAAGGAGCCAGUCUGUAAAUACUCCUUAUGCCUCCUUUUUAUUUUUGGAAGGGGCGACAGAAUUCAUCCUUCUGACUUGCUUUGCAAAAGGGUUGUGGAAGACUACAAAUUGCCCCUUAAAAAGAGAAGUACGCAACAAUCAGUCCGGAUUCGGGUUUCCAACGUGCUAUAGCCAAAUAGUCCGGCGUCUCACCAGCCGGAUGCAAUUGUCCCUAAGGCAGGAUGUGAACACUCAGGGCUCCCCCAUUUAAAACCUCGGUAAUUGUUUUUGCAGGUCAUGAAUGGAAAAAGGUUAUUCCCCGGAGAGCAAUAAAUGUGAUUCAUAAGAUGGUUAUAAAGUUCCUUUAAUUCUGUAAAGUUUCUGCGUAGCUCGUAUUUCUGCAGCUUCCUUGACUGUGGAAUAUUUAAACUAUGGCAUUUCCAUCAUCACAUGGAAUCAAUGUGUGUUUUGCUGCUUGCACAGCCCCCAAUGAGAUCAGAUGUUUAGUAGGAGUUAGAACCAGUCUAAUUGUCUGCACAUGUUGCUUUGUAUUCCAGUUGUAAAUGUGUGUUAAGUGUGACAUUUAUAGGAUUGUCUCAAACCAUGAUUACGUUAUCUCCCAGCUAACAAGUUGCCAACUCUGCUUAACCCUUUAAUCUCUAGAGGGGUGCUCGGUGUAUUGAUUGACCCUCAGUGGGUUGUUCAAUCCAUUGCUAAGCCGUUCAGGAGUAGCUAAGGCAGGGGUUCUCAACCCAGUCCUCAGGACCCCCUACCAGUCCAGGAUUUGGGGAUUACCUGGGUGUGUCUCAGGUGUUUAGAAAAAGGGGAAAAAACACCUUAGAUUCUAAGGUGUUUUUUUUUCUUUUUAUUAACACCUUAGACACACCCAGGUAAUCCCUAAACCCUGGACUGGUAGGGGGUCCUGAGGACUAACGUUGAGAACCCCUGAGAUAAGGGGUUAAAGUUUACUAUACUUUGCAUUGUAAUGCAAAACGCAUCUACUGACAUGGCAAAGUAGUAUCUAGCGGUAAGACUGAGUCGCUGGCAGCCCUUUCAGAUGGUUUUAAUUGUUAAAGGACCACUCUAGGCACCCAGACCACUUCAGCUUAAUUGAAGUGGUCUGGGUGCCAGGUCCAGCUAGGGUUAACCCAUUUUUUCAUAAACAUAGCAGUUUCAGAGAAACUGCUAUGUUUAUGAAUGGGUUAAGCCUUCCCCCUAAUCCUCUAGUGGCUGUCUCAUUGACAGCCACUAGAGGCGCUUGCGUGCUUCUCACUGUGAUUUUCACGGUGAGAGCACGCAAGCGUCCAUAGGAAAGCAUUGUAAAUGCUUUCCUAUGCGACGGGCUGAAUGCGCGCGCAGCUCUUGCCGCGCGUGCGCAUUCAGCCCAGGAGGAGGAACGGAGGAGGAGAGCUCCCCGCCCAGCGCUGGAAAAAGGUAAGUUUUAACCCCUUUCCCCCUUCCAGAGCCAGGCGGGAGGGGGUCCCUGAGGGUGGGGGCACCCUCAGGCCACUAUAGUGCCAGGAAAACGAGUAUGUUUUCCUGGCACUAUAGUGGUCCUUUAAUUGUCAUGAAGCAGAAUAAUAGGGUAGCUGUCUUAGACAUAUAGGUAUUUAACAAUGAUGCAGGUCUCCAAAAGCAGGGUUCUGCUGUAACACCUUAGAAUAUACACUUUAUAAAAUUAGCAGGUUGUAUUGUUUUAUCAAAGUCCAUAUUUAGCUAAUUCAUUUUAUUUAUUUAAAAAUGUCUUCCUUCAAAUCAUGACAUGCUUGUUCUUUCUAGUAAAGCAUAUAUAUACAUCCAGAUAUAUUUUUAAUUGUGUGCUGAGGGUAAGUUACACCCCCAGCACACAUAAAAUAGGCAGCCCAGAGCUUUGUUCCGGGCUGCCUUAGGUCAGUUUUGUGCAUAAUUUGCGUCUGUCGUCAGAGCGGAAGAGCCUGCAAGGGAGAAGUACUUGACUUUCCUGUCUUCCACACAGAGUGAAGCCCUACCUCCUCCCAAUUAGAUUAAUAUAUAUUUUUUAUUAAUACCACCCUCCCUCCUGUCCCAUGCACUCCCCCUUCCCGUUCCAGGCACCAAGUGCGCUCUUGCUCUCUGAGCCUUUUAAGUCCUCAAAUCAAAGGACUCUCAAUGAGGAGCCUUUGAUUGGACCUCGGCACAACCCCCGUGACAUCACACGGGGUGCCCUGAGCAGCAACAGGAAGCUUGCCCGGUGCUGGAUUCAAGUAAGUAAAACUUAUUUUAGAAUUCUCCUUUAUUUUUGAAAGGACAUAUAAAAGGGAUACAUUUCAUCUACAAAUGCAUUGGGUAGAUGCAAUGCCUACAGUGCUCGCCUUUUAAAAGCGAACUAGAUAAAGAUAUAUAUUGUUGAAAUGUUGCACUGCGUUUCUGGGUUAUAAUAAAAGGGAUAUCAUAAAAAUUUCAAGGAGUACUGGACAUUGUCUUUAUCUUUGAGUAUUGUUCUGACGUGUUAAAACCAGAGUCCUGUGCACCCUUGGCUAACAGUGGUCUUCCCAUUCAACUGUUUAUAAUUUCAAAUGAUCAAAGUUGUUGCAGCCGUGUGAGCCUUAAUUAUCAAACACAUAGUGUAGUUCUGAAAUAUCCUCCUCCACUUUCUUCUCAAAUCUAACUGGUAGAACUGCCAGGAGACUAAUCAUAUGUGCUGUAGCAUAAAGGGUUUACUGCCUUGAUGUUUCCUGUAAAGUUUUGGGAAUCCAGGAUGUCUAAGGUGUGUGGACUGAGGCCUUAGAGCAAUAUGGAAAUCACAUUCCUCCCCAUACAUUAGUAUGUAGACAUGCUCUCAACUACUGUAACACGAGAAGGAAGGCAAAUCUGUCUAGGUCCAAAGAGAAAGGAAGGCUCUUUCAUUUGGCAUAAGCCACAGAACCUCCACUCGGUUAGCCUGUGCCAGCUGCUUAUCAUGACAUCAUUUUUCCUUGGAACUGCACAAGCAUUUUUUCGGUUUACAUUAUGAAACAACUUCUGUAAAAUAACCACCAGAAUUCUGCUUGUAUGAAGUCAUCUUCUCUGGCCCUUCGGGAAUUAAUUUCCUCAAAGAACAUGUACAGCAUGUUAAAUAACAAUUAAAAGGAGCGAGAGUUAGAUCUUUUAGAUUUAAUCUUCUCAAUUCGCAUCUGGUUUAUUUAAGUAGCUAUCGUCAUAAUAUUUGCCACAUGGGUAGUGGUUUAUUUAGCAAUAAAGUUUCCUAUGAAAAUAUGAAUACAAUCUGGUGAAAUGAUAUUAUAAGGUGUUGAAAGUGAUGGAGAAAAAAACAUAAUUUAAUGGAGCAAAUUUUUCUAAAACCCGUAAAAGAUUAUAUUAUGUACCAUUUAAUAUGCUUUAUUAUUUCGGGUGAAGUUUUUUUGGAGGGCAAGAUAAAUAACGAUAAAAUAAUUUUAGUUGUGACAAACAUUAUGUAACGGUUAAUAAUUUGUUUUAAAGUUAAUUAUGAAUUGCAUAAUUCAUGUAUAAAUGAGGGAGAGAGAGCAACUGCAUGCAGUCCAUUGGUUGAAUAUGUAAACUGAGACCUUGAUACGCUUUUACCCUUUCCAGAUACGAGUCUUACGUGUUAUAAGCAUGGUUUAUCACUUUUGUAAACAUUGCUGUAAAAAAGGGAAAUAUUAGCCCUACAAUAUGUAUUCCUUCACAUUCUUCAAUUGUUACCAGAUGCCAUCAGAUGCCAGGAAUGUCUUCUGUUGUCUCAGCUGAGAUCGUCAAAAUUAAUUAUCUCAGCCAAUCCAAUGCUUUCCCAUUGGUAGACUAUUGUGCAUGUGUGGCAAAAUGCUGCGCUAAUCAAUGCAACUCUGAGGAACGUGCAAAGUGUGGAGACACUGAACAUCAGUGCUGCGCAUCUGAGUGACUGCCACUACAGGUGUUCCUUGGCAGAAAUGUAAAAGGCAGUGUUUACAUUAAAAGCUCCUGCAGGGACAGGCUGUAGACACAAAAACAACUACAUUUAGCUAUAGUUGUUCUGGUGACUAUAGUUUCCCUUUAAGGCGCGGGAUUUAAGGUUACUCCAUAAAUAACCAUACUUUAUGUAGAGUAGUUCAAGAAGAGAUAUUUCUCUUUAACUAUUCUUACUCAUCCAGUUGCAUGCAGUGUCUUAUCUACUCGUAGUGAAUUAAAAUCCAAAUGGCAAAAUGCAGGCAAAAAUAAUUGAUAUCAACAUUGUCUUGCUAAGUUAUAGGCAAAGCUUGGUUAUUUAAGCAUAAAUUACGCAUUUCUAUUUUCAGUUUUCUGAAACUGCUAUAUGUUCUCCUUAAUCUUAUAGCAACAAUUGGCAUUACCACUACGACCAUUUCUGAUGGUAGGCAUUUCACAUUUUUGGGGAGAGCUAGCUAGCUCAACUUUACAGAGGCCCUGCUGCUAACCUUUCACUUGCUUUUGUCCUUUUUCACAGCCGUAGGAGUUCAGUUUGGUAAUAAUUAAAAGGAAAAUGACAUGCAGAGAAAACAGUUUUUUUGUACUUUGUGUUUUUUCACGGGAACUCUCUGCCAAGGGUAACGGAGGUGUGGGGUCAGCACUAUUAUUUAAAGACUUGUUCCAGUGCCUACUAAAAUGCAUAUUCCAAGUUUACUUUAAAUGGAAAACCAGAUUUCCUCGAUUCAGCUAUAUUUUUAUAGUCCCUUUUUAAGCAAAUGGUGAACUUUUUUAAUUUUUUUUAUUUAAUCAUGAAGUCACCGUCUUCUCCUUUUGCCAAUUGCAAAAAAAAAAAGCGGACGAAUGGCACCAUAAAGAAACAUGAGAGGGAUACCGGUCCAACAUGGUAAAAUGUGUGUAUGUGGGGGAUGUGUAGGGGGUAGUGCUAAUAAAGAAGAUGAACAUUCUAAUGAAAUAAAGAGUAUUUCCACCGCGAUACAUUCGGGCUGAUGCAGUAAUUGCUUUAUUACGGGAUGAAAUCUAGUCGUAUAAAACCUGGUGCCAAAAGCCACACCAUGGAUUUUGGCAGUCGUUUGGAUUUGCAGAACAUAUUCUUCUGUUUUUUUUUUGUCUGAAUAGACAUGCUUUGCUUGGCCAGGCAUAGAACACUUGCAAUGUCUGCCAUCUGUUCUCCCUAUCACUCUGUCAUUGCCACCAUUGCUUCGGAUAACAGAACUAUAACUAAUCACGACAGUCUGGAUUAGUACAGUGUGGUACUGCAAGGAAAAGUGAUUACAUUGCGUCUUUAUUGCCACUGUGUUCAUGUCCUUGUUAGACUAGUAGCAAGGGGUGGUGAUGAUUAUUAUAUGACUUUGGAUCACACCCUGGGCUGAGAGGCUACCUCAUUACUGGAAGCUGCUGUGUCCCCACCCUCAGGUUAGGAGGAUACUUUCGGAAAUGGGAGGAAAAGUCAUCAUGGUGUAUCUUGGCAGAGUAAACACUGAACUUGCAACAUCUCGGAAAAUAAAGGCAGUCGUGUAAAUUAUUAGCCUUGCUCAGUAAAAACACAAUAAAAUGUUUCUUCGCAGCUUCCACUUGGCUGGCUGAAAAUGCAGAUUAAUAUGUUUAACUAAGAGGAAAUAUGUGCUUGUUAGAAUUGAUCUUAUGAACUAAUUUGUGGACCAUAGACCCUGUUUGUAUAUAAAAUCUUUGUGCUUUUUCCUUUUGUCCGUGCUAACAUAAAAUAUUAUGUAACUGUGUUUUGUACAAACCUGUGUUACCAAUGCUUUAGUUUUCCUGUCCCCAGAUAUCUAGUGCCUUAAAAAAUAAAAUAAAAUGUUUACUAACUUUUUUCCUGCUGUUCUAAAAAAAACUAUGUUUUACAUUUCAAGGACCGGACUACUGCACCCAGGAUAUUUUUGGUGGUCCUUUAAGUCUAGUCCACUCUAGUUAUGAUGUUUUGUUGGCUGUAAAUGCAGUAGCCUAGAUUAAAAUGUGAGAAAAGACAGGAACAGUGCCCAACUGGCAGUCAAAAGAGCCAGAAUCUUGGUAAUUGCUUAGCGAACACCAGAAGUGUCCAAAUGUACAUAUCAUGCUUUUUUUAGAACUACAGCUCACUUUGAUGAUCUGCUAGACUUAAGGCUAGCAAACCAUCAAGGGAGUUGUAAUGCUGCAGCAGCUGGGAUUAACCUUUGGUCAUCUUUGAGGUAAACAGUUGUAUUUGCUAGAAUGUUGAGAUUAGAUUAGAAGUGUCACUAGCAGGAAAGUGGUGAAUCAUUAUUUGGUUGGAGCAACCUGGAAACCUGCAGAAUAUUUCUGAUGAUUCCAUAGGUUUCAAUAAUGAAUGCUUCACUUUUAGAAUGUUGCGCAACAUUUCUCUUAUUUAUGACAACUUACAUAAUGGUGUUUUGACCAGUCUAAAGAAGGUAACAAAUGGAACGGCCCUCUUUCUGAAAUUGGAUGCAUAGAAAUCCAUAUAUAUAAAGAAGAUUGAAGUGGAAAAUGCUUUGCAUAUCUUCUCUACUCUCUUAAUGUAUACACUUGUUUUAUAGAUUUGGGUUUCACAGUUUACUCAUUGUUCACUGUUUGAAUGUUAACACAUUUCAGUGCUGCAUUGAAUUAUUUUUUUUUCUUCCUUCCAUAGUCCUAUCAACACAGCUACAUGGAGCCAAACAAAUACAGCGUCAUAUAUCCCACAUCGGGCAUCCUGCACAAUAAAUUUUACCACAGCCCAGAAGCACUGACUGGUUUUCAACUAGAACCGGUUGACCUUACAACAAACAAAAGGAACUCUCCUCCUUCCAAUGGAAGUUCACCAUCUCCUGUGAAAUACCAAUCUCCAAAAAAAGGAGGAUCCCCUGGACUAUAUAUGCCUUCACCUAGCCCUCCUAUGAAAAAGUUAACCCCAUCACCUCCUCUUGUGCCUCCGUUUCCAAUGCCAUUGACAAUUAACCACCCCAUGAUCUCAGCUUUUUCACGACAUGGGUACAGCAAUCCCGGACUUUUACCUCUCCUCGUGCAGCCUGUUCCCUUUAUGUACUCUCCACAUCUUCAGCAACAAAUCAUGGUAUCCUCUCUCCCCAUCCUAACAGAUGACAUGGAUAGUCCAAGCAAUAAACACAGUGAGUAUAUGAAUCAUAUUUUAUGGGAAUGCCAAAUGCAUUCACUCUGAAUACAUACUGCUAUACUGCUCAUUGCUAGAAGCACAAUAUUAUACUAAUAUAUGUAAUCUAUCAUAUGGCCACAUAUAAGAAUUCUGCCAUGGCUGACAAAAUAACUGGGGGAGAGACAAUACCCUACCCCAUAACUCUAGAUGACUAAACUGAAUCAUGGUAUAGAUACAAAUUCAAACCGUGUAGCUAGACACAAAUUCAAACCAUGUCAUCUUUAAAAUUGCACUCUUCCUAGGUAAACAACCUUUUAUUGAUAUGUAUGGUAUUCUGUGAGGAUCUAGACAAAUAUUCUAGUUUAUUUAUUCCAGAGCCUGUAAGAAAAUUACACCACCAAAAAAACAAUAAAAAAAUAUUAACCAGGGCUGAAACAUCACAUGUAUUUAUUUGUCGAUUGUUUUGUGAUUUUUUUUUUUAUUAUUAUUAUCUAUUGUGAUUGUAUUUAUUUUUAUUUUUAUUUUUUGUCUUUUUUUUUUCACUUCAUUUUUUUUUUUUUUGUGAUGGCUAUUUGAUCUCUUAUCUGUACGGUUGAUUGUUGGCAACUAGAAAAUUGCAACCAAUUUAUUUUAUUCUGUUUUAUUUUAUUUCCUAGUGCCUGUAACAGAAUCUUAUGAGAAAUCACAACUAAUAAAAACAAUAAAAAUCGAACCAGGGUUGGAACAACAAAUGCCUGAUAUGUACCCAGAACAGAUGUCCCCCGUUGUCAGUACAACUCCGCAAGGAAUGCUGCAUGAGUAAGUUCUAAUGUUCUAGCUACUUUCAUAAUCAGCAGAGGUCAACAUGUAAGCCAGGAUAUCUUCAACUGGUUCUCCAUGAGCUUUUUAAAUAUGGUAUCCACAAGUGGGUUAAUAUUAAACCCAUAAUUUCCAUAAAUACCCCCUCUAGACAUUGGUGACCCUAAAUCUUUGGCUACUGACGUUCUACAUGAACUGGAUUUAAACAUACAGACUUUUAAAGUAAGCCAUAAUUUUUGGUGAUAAUAGUCUUAAUAUGAAAAAAAAAAAUAUGAAUCACUGUAAGAAUAAAGUGCGCUGUGCCUUUAAGACUCAAAAUAUUUAUAAACCGUGAAAAUAAUUUGUGCAAUAUUGUGCAAAUAAAGUGAUCAAGUGCAUCAAUGUGCAACUCACUUAAACAUAUAUAAAUGCAAAUUGUGCAAACAAAAUAUUUCUUUGUGCAGCCAAUUAUGUGCAAAGAGACAAUACUUAGCUUUCCCAAUUAUGGAAUAUGCUUUAGGGCUUCUGUCAGCAAUCCAAUAUAUGUAAGGGUAGAGCGAUAAAGUCUGCUCUAAACUUUGUAGGCUUCUAUUGCAAUAAUGUAGGCUGGAAACUGUGGUGAAGUUAAAUCCUGUAUUGCUUCUUUAAAAAUAUCGCUGUAUUAGGCUGGUAAGUCCCACUUAUCUGAUCACCUCUAUAUGGUUAGUGCUGGUGUAUACAGUCUCUAUAUCGGCGCCGGCUAUAUGAAUCUCUACCUAGCCAGUAUGUUAAUAUUCAACAUUUUGUCUAUUGUUGCUAUUAAUAAACUUGUAAUGUAGACUGUUGGAGUUAUUCACUAAAUUGAGAAUUCAAAGUGAUUUUUUAAUUUAAGGGGAAAAGUAGCCGAACAAAGUCAGUUAUGCUUUCAGUUACUCUGGCCUUGGAAGUUAAAAUUCAUUUUAAAUUCUCAUUUAGUAAAUAACCCUGUCUGGCUGAAUUUACAGAGUCUGACACUGUUAAGUUACCAUGAAUCACCUCUCUUUUUAUAUAUAUUUUUUUAUCUUGAUAUACAAGCGUUGCUUUUUAAAAAACAUCUAUUGUGGAAAGGACAAUACAUUCAAAAGAAGCAGCUAUGGGAGGGGCAGUUGUUUUAACGGGAAAUAGGUAAUAAUGAAAUUGAGGGUUGUGAGUCCCUGGAGAAAAUACAAUCAGUGUAUAUUAUAGACACAAAGAUUUUGUGUGUGUGUGUUUCUUUUUUUUUGUUAAAUAUAAACAGGCAGAACACUAAUGUGGCUAUGAGCUGUAAUGUUCUGUAUCACUAAACACAAAAAAUAAAAAUAAAAAAUAAAAUUAUGGGACCAGUUCAUCCAAUCUGAGGUGUGGCAAUAUGUUGUGAAUGAGAGGAGCCAAUUUUAAGAUUUCCUGUGGGUGUGGCGCCCAUGCCUAGCCCUACUUUUAGGAAUUGACGUCAGUCACAGUAUUGAGACCGCGCCCUCCCGUUGGCAUCAAACAGGAAAUUUAUAAUUACUUUGACAAGGAGUGACUGUAGUAAUAAUGCCUGAGGUUUGUCUCCCUAAAUAUGAAGACUGCAUUGCUCCAGUAUGUCAGCCCAGGAAAAAGCUGUUUCUAAUUAUGUCUUCUUGAGGAAGCAGAGUCUGUAAACAUCACAGAAUGUUAACUGAAACUCUAUAGGGUUUCGCAAUCUUUAAAAUGCCUGCGUGGGAAAGGAGGCUCUGUCCUUUUAAUUAUUUUUCCAAAAAAAAUAAACUCUCGAAGAUAAUUCCAAGCAUUUUUUUGGAAGCAAACUUUGAAGUGUGUUUAUUUUUCUCCAAAUAAUUUGUCUGAGCCAGCCUGGAAAAUUCAAGAAAAUAAGUGAGGUAAUAUUAAAAACAGAAUGAGGAUAUUGGGGGGAGUGAAAACCUGAAAAGCAAAAAAAAUUCUCAACACAAUUCUAUCCAAUUUACCACUUUAAGAGUGUUUUUUUAAUUUGAAGUAUAGCCCAACAACAUCUAUUGGACAACAUUGCCUAGGAGUACCUGUGGGUUAUUUACUAAACAGUGAUAUGCGGUGAAUUGAAAAUCGUCAAGUUGAAAUACCGCUUAUUUGAAGAAUUGUGCAAAUAAUCUGUAAUUUCACAGUUCAGAGUUUAGUAAAUAUGCAUGUAGGAGUUCUGAAAUGGAGGCAGUAACUUCUGCUUUGGAUAUAUAAAUGUGGUCCCUGUUUAGUGAGGUGUACUGUUUACGGUGUCUAGAUCGCAACUUUAACUGUGUGGUGUAAAAAAUGCUAACCAAUAUCUCUGCGUAACAAGGUAUACAGUCUAAUGUUGAAAUAGCCAAUUGGUAAAAUGAAGGAAAAAAGAACAUAUUUUGCAUAACAUGCAUGUUUUACUAAUGCAGUUAAUAAAUGAAGAUCGUAACCAAUUUAACCCUUUGCCUUCACAGAAAUCACCCGUCCGUCAUUGUACACCCAGGGAAGAGACCUUUACCCGUGGAAUCUCCAGAAACACAGAGAAAGAGGAGGAUCCACAGAUGUGACUAUGACGGUUGCAACAAAGUUUACACCAAAAGCUCACAUUUAAAGGCACACAGGAGGACACACACAGGUACACAUUGCCUUUAAAUAUGUUGGAUAAAAUGUCACACAAUAGAAAAGAGCAGCCUGUCAUUUUACUGACAGUGGGCUACGUGCAUUCAGAGUGGUGCAAAAGACAAGAGGAAAGGCUGCUUUAAUACUUUAGUAACUGCUUACUUUUCAGUACUUAAAACUGGGCAAUUCUCAAAAUUCCAAGGGAGAGCAUUUGCCAAGCCUCUGUUUUCAUUUGGAGUUUGUGAGCCUGAGUGGGGACCACAUUUCAUGCAAAAUCACAUAUUUGUGAAGUUGUCGAAUCAGUGCUCAUUUGAAAUCUGAGAAAGCGUGUAAAAACAUUGCAGGCUUAAACAGCAAUUACACAAUGACAGGCAAAGUUGUAAAGAACACACAUCCACACACCUACAUCUAAAGAAGGGGAAAUAAAAUGCCGUAGUAUGAAAAUUGAGAGGUAGAAUAUAUGAGAGAGGUGACAGACUCACACAAAGAGCUACUCUGAGAUUUAUGUAGACAAUUUAGGCAGUAUAAUCCAAUGGCAUAUAGAUGGUAGAGGUUCUAAUUCGUAGCCCAUCACCACAUUUGGAUCUUAGCUUGUUGUUUGGCCCAUAUAGUGCAAUGUUGUUGUUUUUUCAUUUUUGUUCUUUCACAGGACAUUGCCAUUUAUGCAUGUAUAUUUGUUUUUGUUUUUCUGUUUUUCUUUCUGCUUGCAUAAAGAAAAAAAAUGGUUCUCUUACGUCCUAAUGUGAUCUUCCUGCUCAUUCCUGCAGGGGAAAAGCCUUAUCAGUGUACUUGGGAAGGAUGCACCUGGAAGUUUGCCCGUUCUGACGAACUUACUCGGCAUUUCCGUAAACACACUGGAAUCAAGCCAUUUCAGUGCCCGGACUGUGACCGAAGCUUUUCACGCUCAGACCACCUCGCUCUUCACAGAAAGAGACACAUGCUUGUCUGAAUGAUCCUAUUGCCCUUUUUGUACUUAAAAAAAAAAAAAAAAGAAAAUCUGGAUUCAGCUGGCCUGAAUCCAAAGUAUAAAAUUCCACAUGGUCAGUAUGUGAUGUUCUCAAACAGCUCGUUGUACUUAGCACGGGUCAGACCUUAGAAUGUGAACAUUCUCUUUUAGAGACGGAGCAGCCCCUCCCGCAGUACACCUCAGGAAAUCAACAAACGGACAGUUGUGCUACAUCACGUGUACUUCCAAGCCAUAUAUCUAUACUUUAAUAACUUAUAAAAUAUAUUUAAUUAUCAACACGAUGCCUAAUCUGCUUCAUCUUGCCACAUUGCUCACUUUUGUUAGCGCUAAGACUUAUUAUUUUGUGCCCACAAUUAAAGAAUACAUUUCUUAAAAUAGUGAAUUUAAUUGGUGUAAGGAUGUAUGUGCAGAUGUCUGAACAAAGAAAAAAGAAAACUUUCGACAGCAAAGAUCUUUAAUUGGUUACCCUUUUAGGGCUGGAUUGGUGUGCAAUAAAUAUCAUACUCCCAUGACUGCUGGUCGACACAGGGUUCAAAGUGGAUGCAAUGCCAUUUUAUAAAGAGUUGUUAGGCCUGUAUAGCACAUUGCAUUAAAGUGUUCACCUAAGGAUUUUGAAUUCUUUUUUUUUUUUUCAUAAAAAGUGAACUUUUAUCAAAUACAUGAAAAUUAAAAAAAAACUUAUUUUAUUACAAACUAAAAUGUAACUGAAUUU